AUGGAGACAAUUGACCCUUCGACCGGUCGGCCACUACCAUCCGAUGCCAUUCAGAGAAUUCUCUUCAUCGCUCCCUCAGUCCAUGUUUACAAUAUCCCUCCCCUCAUGAGCACGAAAGGAUACGUCGCAGCCUCCUGGACCGCUGACAACAAUAAAAGACAGAUAUUUACUGCCCGUCUUCGCAUUCUCGAGACAGCGAUACCUUCUCCUACGAAUCCUUCAGAGGAGCAAGUAAAGGCAGACAUUCUGCUCGAAGACCCUGCGACUGGACAACUCUUCGCUGCUGCUCCUUAUACCAUACCCGAUGUUGUCGAGCAGGUCUUGGAUUCGUCAAGAUUCUUCGCUGUGAGAGUCCAGGGAGAAGGAGGAAGAAAGGCCGUUUUAGGCAUUGGGUACGAGGAACGAAGUGAAGCUUUCGACUUCAGCGUUGCGCUCCAGGAAGUGAGGAAGACGCUAGGCAUUGAGGAUGAUGGCAAAUCGGGUGGGAAGAAGCCUGUCAAACAGAAGGAGCCGGAAGUCAAGAAAGACUUCAGCUUGAAAGAAGGGGAAACCAUAACAGUCAAUCUUGGGGGUAAAGGUCGACGACAUAAUCCCAUUCCACAGUCGCCGAAUGUUGGUGGAUCCGGAUUCUCGCUACCUCCUCCACCUGGAGGUUCAUUAUUACCACCACCACCAAGUGCGCAAGAAGUCAAGGCACAAAAGCGAUUAAGCCAGAAUAUAGAUCCACCAAAACCAGUAGAUGAUUUUGGAUUCGAUGAUGGCGAGUUUGGAGAGUUCCAGUAG